AUGGGAAGACUUGUUCUGGUGAUGGUGUUGUUGCUUUUCCUCCUAACCCAAUUGGAUGGUAGCCAAGCGAAGCACUGGCACAAAAGCGUGAGACUUGAGAAAGAAGAAGAGAAAGCGACGGAGCUGCACUUCUACUUCCACGAUACCGUUAGCGGAAAACAACCCAGCGCGGUGAGGGUGGCUCAAGCAGCGGAUUCUCAGAACUCCCCAACCCUGUUCGGAGUAGUGAUGAUGGCUGAUGACCCAUUGACGGAAGGCCCAGAACCAACCUCCAAAGUGGUAGGUCGAGCCCAAGGUUUGUACGGCUCAGCUGGCCUAGAAGAACUGGGUCUCAUAAUGGUUAUGAGCUUUGGUUUCACUGAUGGAGUCUACAAUGGUAGCAGUCUUAGUAUUCUGGGCCGGAACCCAGCGUUGCAUCCGGUCCGACAGUUGCCGAUCGUUGGAGGAACCGGUUUUUUCCAAAGAGCUCGAGGGAUCGCCGUAGCCAAGACUUAUUGGCUAAACUCAACCACUGGUGACGCCAUUGUCGAGUACAAUGUUACUGCUUUUCAUUAUUGA